UUUCCUCUUUCCUCGUGAGCAGACUUUACUCUCUUCUCUGAGCAGACUGGUUUGCGCAGCUUAUGCUUCUCUCAGCACGGGCUGGCCCUCCAAGAGGAGGAGGAGGAGGAGCAUCGUGUGACUGAGAGACCCAGCGUGUAAACUGUCAGCACAUACGGAGCACCUGGGGAGAAAUCCUUUCUGGCAACUUGUAGGGCUUGUAAAUGGGAUAAAUGUGAGCCUCUCAUAGGGUUUUUACCAGUGCAAAAUCAGUUCCUCGUGCAGUGGUACUGGAUUACAUUUGCAAACAAUGUCUUCUGAACCAGGCAGCAGCAUCUGUCCAAAGCCCUUAAUACUGUCUAGAGCUUGUACAGCGAGUGCCACCGGCAGGCUUGUGGAGCAGAAUGUACGCAAUGAAGCGGCUCAGGGAAUAAAUGGAAGUGUGCCACUCAAACAGUCCCCACGUUCAGCUGCAAGUCCAAAGCCACAAGUGCCUCCAAAGCCAAUUCAUCUGCAGAAGGCAACAUACCAAACCCCUAGGCAUAAAGCUUUAAAAACUCAGAAACCAAGAAUGGAGGAAGAGACACCCGCUGCUGUUUCUAGUGUCACAAAGGAAAAGUCUAGCAAAGUGUCAGAUCUCAUCAACCGGUUUGAGGGAGGCAGCUCACUGAAUCCUAGCGAUCUGAAGAAAGAUUCCUCCGUUCUCCAUAUUACUAAAUCUCAAGGAAGAUAUGGGUCCGCACCAUCACCUCAGCCAAAACUCCCCUCCCAGCACUCACUACAGAAACAGGGAACCAGUGACACUGACAAAACUCAGGUUGCACAGCUGCACACGGCCAAUGGAGUGGUAGCACAAGACCAGCCAGAAGAUGAGGACCGGAGAUUGCCGGACCGCGGCUCUGCCGUGUCCACCCCAGUCCCAGACGAUGCCAUCGACAGCAGCUUGAUAAAUGGGGAAGGAGAAAGCACUCGCAGAGAGUCACUACAGAGUGUGACUUCCUGUGAGGAGCAGAUGCUCAACAGCUGCCACAGGACUCUGAGCAGCGACACGCUGCUCCCAGCUGAAAAUGAAACUCUAGACAUUAAUACUAAUGUGAAGGAAGAACGAGCUGAGGAAAGCAGUAAGCAAGAUCAACCUGUAGAAACAAAGGAGACAGAUGAGCAGAAACGUCACAAAAUUGCCAACGAGCUUCUGCAAACAGAAAAAGCCUAUGUUAGCCGACUUGACCUCCUAGAUGGGGUAUUCUACUCCAGACUCCUUGAGGAAGCCAACAGAGGUUCAUUUCCACCUGAAGUGAUUAAUAAGAUCUUUUCUAACAUUUCUUCAAUAAAUGCCUUCCACAGUAAAUUCUUACUUCCGGAACUUGAAAAAAGAAUGCAAGAAUGGACUACCACCCCUAGGAUUGGAGAUAUUCUGCAAAAGUUGGCUCCUUUCCUUAAGAUGUACGGAGAAUACGUGAAGAAUUUUGACAAUGCAAUGGAAUUGGUGAAAACGUGGACUGAACGGUCACCUCAGUUCAAAUUCAUUAUUCAAGACAUUCAGAAGGAAAAAGUGUGUGGAAAUUUGACAUUGCAACAUCACAUGCUAGAACCAGUCCAACGCAUUCCACGCUACGAGAUGCUUCUAAAGGACUACCUAAGGAAAUUGCCUCAGGAUUCCCUAGACUGGAAAGAUGCUGAAAAAUCCCUGGAAAUUAUAUCCACUGCAGCAAGUCACUCGAAUAGUGCAAUAAGAAAGAUGGAGAAUCUAAAGAAGUUGUUAGAGAUAUAUGAGAUGCUGGGAGAAGAGGAGGACAUCGUGAACCCUUCAAAUGAGCUGAUAAAAGAAGGACAGAUCCUUAAACUCGCUGCUCGCAACACGUCUGCUCAAGAGCGGUAUCUUUUCCUGUUUAACAAUAUGUUGCUCUACUGCGUCCCCAAAUUCAGCCUGGUAGGAUCAAAGUUCUCUGUUCGAACCAGAGUUGGCAUAGAUGGCAUGAAGAUUAUAGAAACUCAUAAUGAAGAAUAUCCACACACUUUCCAAGUGUCUGGAAAGGAGAGGACACUGGAGUUGCAGGCCAGUUCUGAACAGGAUAAAGAAGAAUGGAUAAAGGCACUUCAGAGUACUAUUGAAGCUUUUCAGCAGAGGAAUGAAACCUUCAGAAAUGCUAUUGCUAAAGAAUAUGAAGACAUGCCUGUUGAAGUCUCUAACGCUGAGCUUGGGAAGAGAGCGCCGAGGUGGAUCCGGGACAACGAAGUAACCAUGUGCAUGAAAUGCAAGGAACCCUUCAAUGCACUGACGAGGAGGAGGCACCACUGCCGAGCAUGUGGACAUGUGGUUUGCUGGAAAUGUUCUGAUUACAAAGCACAUCUGGAAUAUGAUGGCAAUAAAUUGAACAAAGUCUGUAAGGACUGCUAUCAUGUUAUAAUUGGUUGUACAGACAGUGAAGAAAAGAAGAGGAAGGGCAUCUUGGAGAUUGAAUCUGCAGAAGUCUCUGGAAAUAGUGUCAUAUGUAGCUUUCUUCAGUACAUGGAGAAGUCCAAGCCAUGGCAGAAAGCAUGGUGUGUCAUACCCAAACAGGAGGCCCUUGUGCUCUACAUGUACGGUGCUCCACAGGAUGUUAAAGCUCUGGCUACAAUUCCUCUUCUGGGCUAUACAGUGGAUGACACUCCAAAAAGUGCUGACCUCCCCCACAGCUUCAAACUGACCCAGUCCAAGUCUGUGCACAGCUUUGCUGCAGACAAUGAGGAACUGAAACAGAAGUGGCUAAAAGUUAUUCAUUUAGCUGUCAAAGGUGAGACACCAGAAUGUCAAAAUGAACUGCAAGUGAAUUUAGAAGAGCAGCCUGAAUCUUCUAAAAAAUCUGAAUGCUGAAGCUCAAGAACACAUGGCAUUUUUAAAAGAUUUCAAUUGAAAUUGUGGUUAACCUUUGUGUUAACCUUUCUCUGCUCAAUCAAGGAAAAAAAAAAGGAAAAAAAAAAGAAAAAGAAGCUUCUUCCUACCAUACACAUCUUGGCACUUUAUGUUUGGGAAAAAAUUCUGGUCUUUUUAGGGAUCUUUUUCUUAUAUUUAUGUUCUGUCAAUAAAAGUGGUGUACAGGUCCAUUUCAGAGACUUUUUUAAAAAAUGUGAAUGCUAUUAAAAAUACUUACUAACUUUACUGUACUACUUAUUUGUUGUAAUGCAAUGUUUUUUUUUUAAUCCAGUUGCUCUUCAGUUAACAUUUGCUACCUUCAUUAAGAAUGCAAAUAUUUGAAGCUUCCUACUUACAUGUUAGGACUUGCAACAGGAUAAAAGAUAUACCUCCACAUUGCCAAAAUAGAUCUGUACUUAAAUAUGCAGGGACAGUUUGGUUUAAUGUAUGUAGUUUAUAGGUUGAUUUCCACAGUUCUGUACAUAUGUUGUAUUCACUUGUAUCUUUUUAAUUAAAGUAAUGCAAAUUGCUUUCACAGGUAUAUUGGCUUUUAAGGUUUCAAUUUAUCAAGGAAUCAAUCUAAUGAUUUCCAAUCUAGGAAUAAAUACCUAAAAUAUGAGAAAACUAUAUAUAAUAUAUGUACAGUAUUAAAAAUGUACAAUACUUGAUUAUUGCUUUGAUUUCAUGAUACUGAGUUCUUAUUAGUGAAUAAUUUAUUUUUUAAAAAAAGCAUGUUUUCUAUUUGAAAUUAAACACAGUCCUAAAUUGAAAAAUACUGUUCAGUGAUUUGUUUUAAUAGCUGACACCUAAUGAUCUUGAUACUUUUAUGCAUCAAAAAAUUAGCAGUAAUGUAAGUGGCAUGCAAUGAACAAAUGAGUUCCAGUUGUGUUUAAACAAGUAGUGGCUUUUCUUCAGUGUCCUAUCACUGUUAGCUUUUAAGAGUGCAGUAGUUUGUUGCUCAAAUGCAGUAUGUGGUUUGAGAAAAGCAACAGAUUCUAGCAACCUUCUGGGAACGUGUAUUUUUGCUAUUAUGGUUAUUGGAACAAAACAUUUUGAACUUAAGUUUUUUAAUUUUUGUAGAAGAUUAGGUAUUGUAACGUUUAUUUAUGACAACAAUCUUCAAGGAUUAUUGUCUUAAAGUAGAGCCUGCUUUAUAAAAAUUUAGUAUGAAGUCUGAGCUUGCAAAUUUGAAAUUUUAUUAACUAUUUGUUUUCUGCUUCUGGGUAUAAGGACUCACUGGCUUUACAAUAUUAAGUUCCUUAUGAACUUCCAUUCCUAUUAGGGUUUUUAUACAUAGAGGCAAAUGACCUCCCUAAAAUUUUUACUGUAAUAUCCUUGAAUGAAAUAUGGCAAACUCAGAGGUAGUGAUUGACUAUCAACUAAAAUCAUUGCUGUCUUUCCUUUUUUAAACCCUUAAAGGAAGGAAAAUAUGUAACUUCUACAAUCAACUUGUCAUAAGAACAUUCAGGAGUCUCACUUAAUAAAUCUGCAAUCUGUGUUUUAAAUCAUGUCAA